AGGACUUUACAACUAUUUAAAAGUAUGAUGCGUAAAUCAAUUUUACCUUUGAGCCUUUGCGUUUUCGGACUUAUUACUAAUUUAUCAUUAGGGGGAAUGACAACAGUGACCGCUUUCGAUGAAAUGUCGACUGUACCAACAACGUCCAGUUCCAAUAAUGCUUCGACUGAAACAACAACGUCCGGUUCUGAUGACGUUUCGACUGAAACCACAGAAACCGGUUCCGGUGACAUUGAUAUAACACCUACCAAUAUCGAUGAUAUUUCGAGCGAAUCAACAACGGCCAGUAACGAGGACAAUUCCACUGAUGAGAGAGCUACCAUUGAUAAAGGCAUUGCGGCUGAAACAGCAGAGGCCGGUUCCGGUGAUAUUGAAACAACAGCGACCGUUUCCGUUGUAUCUUCGACUCAAAUAACAAACACAUAUUCCAAUGACAUAUCGACCGAAACAAUAGACACUGGUUCCGGUGAAAUUAAAACAACAGCGGCCAGUACCAAGGAGACUUCGACUGAAACAACAGCGACCAUUUCUAUUUAUUAUUCGACUGACACAACAGAGACCAGUUCCGACAACAUUUCGAUUGAAACAACAGAAGCCGGUUCCGGCGAAUCGGAAACAACGCCAACUAGUACCGAGAAUACUUCGACUGAAACAACAGCGAGUAGUUCCGAUGACAUUUCGACUGAAACAACAGACACCGGUUCCGGUGAAAUUGAAACAACAGCGGCCAGUACCAAGACGACUUCGAUUGAAACAACAGCGACCAUUUCUAUUAAUUAUUCGACUGACACAACAGAGACCAGUUCCGACACAAUUUCGAUUGAAACAACAGACGCCGGUUCCGGUGAAUCGGAAACAACGGCAACAAGAACCGAGAAUACUUCGACUGAAACAACAGCGAGUAGUUCCGAUGACAUUUCGACUGAAACAACAGACACCGGUUCCGGUGAAAUUGAAACAACAGCGGCCAGUACCAAGGAGACUUCGACAGAAACAACAGCGACCAUUUCUAUUAAUUAUUCGACUGACACAACAGAGACCAGUUCCGACACCAUUUCGAUUAAAACAACAGACGCCGGUUCCGGUGAAUCGGAAACAACGGCAACAAGAACCGAGAAUACUUCGACUGAAACAACAGCGAGUAGUUCCGAUGACAUUUCGACUGAAACAACAGACACCGGUUCCGGUGAAAUUGAAACAACAGCGGCCAGUACCAAGGAGACUUCGACAGAAACAACAGCGACCAUUUCUAUUAAUUAUUCGACUGACACAACAGAGACCAGUUCCGACACCAUUUCGAUUAAAACAACAGACGCCGGUUCCGGUGAAUCGGAAACAACGGCAACUAGUACCGAGAAUACUUCGACUGAAACAACAGCGAGUAGUUCCGAUGACAUUUCGACUGAAACAACAGACACCGGUUCCGGUGAAAUUGAAACAACAGCGGCCAUUACCAAGGAGACUUCCACCGAAACAACAGCGACCAUUUCCAAUGAUACUUCGACUGAAACAACUGCGACCAGUUCCGACACCAUUUCGAUUGAAACAACAGAGACCGGUUCUGGUGACAUUGACACAACAGCGACCAGAACCGAAAGCACUUCGACUGAUCCAACAUCGACCACAACAACGCAGCUUCCCGUUCUAGACGAUUCCGAUUAUGAAGAGGAGAAGGAAACCGCAGACAAAAAAGCGCAGGCGGCCGUCGCUACUGGGGCCACAAUUGUCGGUGUCGUCGGGAUAUCGGUUGUCGGCAUCAGCAUCGCGGCUUCAGUAGCCGCAACCCAAGCAGCGGUGGUCUUAGCGCCCGCUAUCGUCGCCGCCUCUACUACAGCCGCGACGGCGGUUGGUGCGAACGCAGGAGUUACAGUCGCAAAUAUUAGCCCGUCAGUGACUGUAACAAUGCACAUAUGAUGCACCUAUGAAUAAGUAUAAACCAAAUAAGUUUUGCUGACAUUUGGAAUAAUAUAUUUAGGGUAGGCAAACGUAAAUGUCGUUACAUUCUUAAUGGUUCGGAUAUUGUUUUUCUUAAACAUUGAUUUGUGAUGCACAAAACAAUUCAAAUAGGAACUUUGCAAAGAAAGAAGUGCAUUUCUAACACUGAAUUUCAUGACGUUUUGAUGACGCAAUGACUAAAUGGAUAUUUACUUAAACCUUAGCUCACCGUGUUAAAGUUAUUCGGCGAAUUGCAGUUUAAUAUAAUAUGAUUUAAGGCGUGAACCUAUGGUUCAGCAUAUAUUGCUUGCUCAUAUACUGGCAUGAAUGUGACCCGUUGCUAUUGCAUUGACAGUCGCAAGAUAAUCUUCAAAAAUAUUUGUAAACAGGUUAUGGUUCAUUUUCAAGUG